CCUCCCAUUCGCCUCCUCUCCCACUCCGAUCUAGGGUUUCUAGGGUUUUGGGGGGUUCGUAGUGCGGCGGCGGCGGCGGCGGAGAUGGCGUCGGAGAGGGUGAAGGGUACGGUGAAGUGGUUCGACGCCACCAAGGGGUUCGGCUUCAUCACCCCCGACGACGGCGGCGAGGACCUCUUCGUCCACCAGUCCUCCCUCAAGUCGGACGGCUACCGCAGCCUCAACGACGGCGACACCGUCGAGUUCUCCAUCGGAUCCGGCAACGACGGGCGCACCAAGGCCGUGGACGUCACCGCGCCCGGCGGCGGCGCGCUCACCGGCGGAUCCCGUCCUGGCGGCGGCGGCGACCGCGGCUACGGCGGCGGAGGGGGUGGCCGCUACGGCGGAGGCGACCGCGGCUACGGCGGCGGAGGCGGCUACGGAGGGGGAGACCGCGGGUACGGCGGCGGCGGCUACGGCGGAGGCGGAGGCGGCCGUGGGUGCUACAAGUGCGGCGAGGAGGGCCACAUGGCGAGGGACUGCACCCAGGGCGGCGGUGGUGGCGGCGGCGGUGGCUACCGCGGCGGGGGCGGCGGUGGCGGCGGCGGGUGCUACAACUGCGGCGAGUCCGGCCACAUCGCGCGUGAGUGCCCCAACAAGAACUACUAGGCGCUGCGCGGCGUCAGAUCCAUCUCCCUCCCAUGAACGAAACCUUUUGCUCCCCCCUCCUCUUCUGACUCACUCAGCAGCGGGUGAUCAUUUCUAUCUUAUCAGUAGUUGUAGUUCGCUUAGUUAAUCGAAGAAGAAUAUCUCUUAUGUAUUGGGAUGGGAGUCUUGAGUGGUUUAAUCUUUUGUUUUGUUGGUGGUUUGAGAGACAGCCAUGGAUUGAACUGUCUGAUCUAUCUAUGAAAUUAUCUGUUAUGAACCGAGAAGAAAAAAUUGUCAGCUUGGGUUGAGUACUUGUUGCCAAGAUUCUUGGCUUGAUCUGAACAAUAUGCUUUGCAAUCUUGUCUCUUUGUCUC